GUUUUUGGUCUGGCUUUUCUCAUUCAAAAGGUGUUCGUUUUUAAAGCAUUUAUUGGUUGAGAGAGGCUCUCUCUAAGCUCCACAGUUCUUGCUUUGUUUGUUGCUGGUUCUUCUUGGUCUUCAAAGUUAUCGAGCAAAGGUGAUCUAGUUGAUGGCGAGCGGUUGUUCAAAGAAUGUUGAAUCAUCAUGUCCUCAACUUCUUAAUCUGAUUCCCCAAGGGAGGGAGUGGCAUCAUGUGAAGAGAGAAGAUGAAAGAAAGGAUGGAUCUUCAGUGGAGAAGAAGCUGGAACUGAGGCUCGGUCCACCUGGUGAGGACAACUCGGAGGGAGAUGAUGAGUCUUUACUCUCACUCGGCUACUUCUCUUCUUCUUCAAUGGGGUCAGUUUUGUCCACCCCAUGGGGCAAAAACCACCACCAACAGCAGACAAAGACUUGUUCGUUUCUCCAGUUCCCAUCAACAACUGCCCCACCACAUAGCUUGCCUGUUAUGGCAAAGGAAUCGUCACAGCCCUGCUGCAAUAAAGCGGUGGACUUGCAGGAUGCUGAGAGAAAAGCAUUUAACCUCCCUGCAAAUACAGCUGUGCCUCUCAAUACUUCUCAGAAAAGAACUGCUCCUGGACCAGUUGUGGGUUGGCCUCCAAUUCGAUCCAUAAGGAAAAAUCUCGCCACUUCUUCAAAACUAGCUUCUGAUGCACCAGGUGUGGACACUCCUAGUGAAAAACCAGCAGCUGAACCUAAUGGCAAAGGCCUGUUUGUGAAAAUCAACAUGGAUGGUGUUCCCAUAGGAAGGAAAGUGGAUCUCAAAGCCUAUGAUAGCUAUGAAAAACUGUCAACUGCUGUGGAUGAACUCUUCAGAGGCUUACUUGCUGCUCAAAGAGAUUCCUCUGCUGGUGAAAUAGUGAACAAGGAAGACGGGGAGAAAGCGAUUACCGGCGUAUUGGACGGAAGCGGAGAAUAUACACUUGUUUAUGAGGAUAAUGAAGGAGACAGUAUUCUUGUUGGGGAUGUCCCAUGGCACAUGUUUGUGUCCACGGUGAAGAGGCUGCGUGCGUUGAAGAGCUCCGAACUAUCCGCGCUUCGCCUUGGGAGCAGUAAGCAAGGGAAGAUGAAGACUUGAAACUCUUUGCCACCAUAAUAGCAAGAGUUUUCCUCGGAAGAUUCUCCAUUGAUGUUGGAAAAGAAUGAGAGCUUUGAAUUAUGCUUUGACAGUUUUUUUCAGCCUAUUUUGCAAUGUAACUUAUUGCACUCGACGGUAUAUGUAAGUCGUUUU